CUCUAUUAAACUUACAACUAAGAUAGCCUUGAAUAGAAUUCAUCUAUACUUAUGAUUGCGAACUGAUUUCGAUGGAUAAGUUAAUAAUUCGAGCCGUAUAUAAAUAGGGCUGCCAAAAAAAUUGUUCAGCUAGAGUCCAAUUUUUCCAAACCGUUUAGUUAUUCUACCAUUUCAUUAUACAUCACUUUCAAAUGAAGUUUACGAUUUUCUUUAUCGCCACUCUACUCACAUUCACUGUGACGUUGGUUAACGCAAAAUGCUCUUGUGAUCCCGCAGACACAGACUGUCUGGCUGACUGUGUCACUAAGGCAAACAAAUGUAUUACGGACUGUCAAUCAAAUUCGUGUUAUACUCGUUGUAUCAAAGACCAUUGGCCUGGCGGUGAUUCCAAAUCGCAAGAGGAUGUAAUUUCACCUUCAAAGCCAUCCAACGAGAGUGACAGCAACAACAAGGAUAACAAGCAAAAUACUUCAACCUCUUCCAUCUUGAUCGGUCCCGCCCCUACUGCUUCUGCCAGCCAGCCAGGACCCUCUAGCCCAUCUGGAACGCCGAGCCAUACUCCAACUUCAAGCAAUCUUCCUGCACCUAGUAAUAGCUCCGCUAACAAUUACCAUAUCUCGAAGGUCGUCGUCGGCUUUGCUGUUAUUAUUGCUGUAUAUUUUCUACAAUAGAGCUAAUGGUU